CUCUCCUAGCGCUCAGUCUCGCGCCCAGGUCACCAACAGCCUCUGUGCCCAGCCUCUCUCCACCCCUACGUGAGCUGCACUCGGGGCUGCAGAAGAUAGGAGAUGGAAGCGGAAAAGAGAGAAAAAGAGCCCAUUUCUUUAAUUUCCCUGGAGAAUGGUGUGGAGAAUCUAGGGUUGGAGCUUAUGGAGGAUAAACAGAAUACAGAGGGAACUACACUGACUAAAGAAGAAGAGAAUCAUCUGAAAGAAGAAAUUUGGCCUCUCCUCUUUUGGAGGAGGAGUCUGAAGUCUCUCUCCAAGGCAAGAAACUUCUGCAAAGUUCAUGUUCAAUUGUUUUGGUGGAUCCUGCUGGGAUUGAUGUGUGUAGCUUAUGCUGCCUUCUUGUUGGCUGCUUGUGUCUUGGAUUUCCAGAGGGCUUUGGCCUUAUUCAUCUUCACCUGUGUGAUGUUCUUCUUCCUGUCCCAUAGCCUAUUAUUUAAUAGGCUCUUUGGGAAGAGGCUGAUGAGAUAUUUCAAGGUCUUUGGAAAAUCCCGCCUGAACUAUUGCCUGAAAUGGGGUAUUGGGGCAGCCAUUCUGAUCAGCUUGGUUUUGUGGCUAAUUCUGGACACUUCACGAAAUCCAAAGCAACUGAUUUCCUUCACUGGUUUCUGUCUGUUCAUCACCAUCCUUUUUAUUUGCUCCAAACAUCACCAUGCAGUAUCCUUUAGGACAGUGCUGUGGGGCCUUGGACUACAGUUUUCUCUUGGGAUCGUUGUCAUCAGAACUAAUCCUGGAUUUGCUGCAUUUCAGUGGCUUGGUAACCAAAUUCAGGUUUUCCUGGAUUAUACCACAGUUGGUUCCAGAUUUGUCUUUGGAGACAGGCUGAUUCAAGAGGUCUUUGCUUUUCAGGUUUUACCAAUUAUUGUUUUCUUCAGCUGUGUAAUGUCUGUCCUUUAUCACAUGGGCCUCAUGCAGUGGUUAAUCCAGAAGAUUGCCUGGUUGAUGCAGGUCACCAUGGCUACCAUAGCCACAGAAACUCUGAGUGUGGCAGGAAAUAUCUUUGUGGGUAUGACAGAGGCACCUUUACUGAUCCAGCCUUACCUUGCAGAUAUGACACUGUCUGAAAUCCAUGCCAUGAUGACUGGAGGUUUUGCCACUAUUGCAGGCAGUGUGAUGGGAGCCUACAUGUCUUUUGGGAUUGAUUCCACAUCUCUGAUUGCUGCCUCUGUAAUGGCUGCACCAUGUGCUCUUGCAUUGUCCAAGUUGGUUUACCCAGAAGUGGAAGUCUCCAAGUUCAAGAAUGAGGAGGGAGUGAUACUGUUAUAUGGGGAGGCGCAGAACCUUUUGGAAGCUGUUACCAAUGGAGCAGCAAUUUCAGUGGGAGUAGUUGCUAACAUUGCUGCUAAUCUGAUCGCCUUCCUGGCUAUAUUAGCCUUUAUUAACACAACCCUCUCUUGGCUAGGGGAGAUGGUGAACAUACAGGGCCUCAGCUUCCAGGUCAUCUGCUCAUUUGCUUUACGACCCAUAGCCUUUAUAAUGGGUGUGGAUUGGGAAGACUGUCCAAUAGUAGCAGAGAUGUUGGGAAUAAAAUUCUUCCUGAAUGAGUUUGUGGCCUAUAAGCAGUUGUCUCAGUACAAGAACAGACGUCUCUCUGGAAUAGAGGAAUGGGUCAAGGGGGAGAAACAGUGGAUUUCUGUGAGAGCAGAAAUCAUCACAACUUUUGCUCUUUGUGGAUUUGCCAACCUGGGUUCCAUUGGGAUCAUAUUAGGAGGCCUGACUUCAAUGGUGCCCCAGCGGAAAAGUGACUUUUCCAACACUGUGAUUAGUGCUCUCCUCACAGGAUCCUGUGUGUCCCUCGUCAAUGCCUGUGUAGCAGGAAUCCUCUAUGUCCCCAGAGGAGCCGAGGCCAACUGCGUUUCUUUUCUCAACAAAACAAAUUUUACCACCAACAACUAUGAAAAUUAUGUUUGCUGCAGAGAUCUUUUCAAAAGUGCCAGCCUGAGCCUAGCCGUCCUCAAUGUCAGCAAGUCUCCUUCCUUCUCUGGUCUCUGGGAAGGCGUGGAGUCCGGGGCAGAGACUUUGGCCAAUUGCUGCCAGCUCUUCAACCAUACUUCCUGCCCUCCUUGAAGGUGACCCCCACCCCUGGAGCUGCAGUUAUAGGAAGUGCAGGAAGCUCCAUGGCACCAUUCUGACACCGUUAUGCUGUGGGUACAGCUGAAGAGCCUAGCUGGUGACUGGAGCCAAUCCAGAAUGGAAAAGAGAAGUGGAGGGCUGGCUGGUAAGGAGGCCUGGUAUGUUGAGCUGGUACAACCUCCAUGUGGACUCUGGGCAUUGCGGACAAUCUAGAACUGGUUCUGGUCCUCUAACCAUGGCGGGAAGAGAAGCCUUCUUCAUUGGCUUUUGAAGAUGGAACAGAGAUGCACUGAAAAGCAUUAGCCAGCCAGAGGGAAAGUUUGUUCUUGGUCUUCUUCCCCGUGGAAGCAUUUGAAGAGAGACACAUGCUGAAAGUAUCUAGAUUAGGAGGAGAGGCCAUGGAGAAGCCUGUGAAUACAAGCCUCCAUUCUUGGCCUCUUUGUUUGUUUUUGUUUCAGGUGAAGGAAUACAGGAGAUAGUUAUGACUUUGGGAGCCUUAAAAGAUCAGAAUAGAAAACCACCAAAGAUACAAGAAUGGGAGUCCAUGAUGGGUUUUGUGGAAAGUUAGAGCCCUAAAUAAGGUCCUGAGGAACACUUGAAGGACUCUGCUCAGAGAGUCACUGAGAUGACAACUCAUCCACUUAGUUUGACCACAUUUGGAAAUAAA